GCCUCACAGACUUCUCAAAUCCAAUUUCCUUUCUCCUCGACCUUCCCUUUCCUCCAAAUCUCACAACAGUCCGGGCUAACAAGAUGGCACAUUCGUCCUGCGUCACGCGGAUACCCUCCCUCACACGAUCAUGUUUACACCGAUCCUCCCCCAUCACUACCUCCCUCACAGCCUCAUUACCACGUUCACAACGGCAACAGACAAGGUUCAGCUCACAUGCUCCCUCGUCGCCGUCCCUUGCCGCCCGUGGCCAAAAGCCUACCACCAUUCAGACCCUGCAGAAAAUGCACCAAGAAAAGUCCCCAAUCACCAUGUUGACCGCCCAUAAUUUCCCCUCAGCUCUGAUCGCUCAAGAAGCGGGCAUGGACAUGAUUUUGGUUGGUGACUCGCUCGCCAUGGUCUCUCUUGGUAUGCCAGAUACCUCCGAGGUGACACUCGACGAGAUGAUCAUGUCCGCACGGGCUGUGAGCAGAGCCGUCAACCGGUCCUUCACCGUCGGUGACCUCCCUAUGGGUUCCUACGAGAUAUCUCCCGAACAGGCUCUUACUAGCGCCAUUCGUAUGGUAAAAGAGGGUCGCAUGCAGAGCGUCAAGCUCGAAGGAGGCGCUGAGAUGGCCCCCGCCAUCAAGAAGAUCACCACCGCAGGAAUACCCCUCGUUGCACAUAUCGGCCUCACCCCACAAAGGCAGCAUGCUUUGGGCGGUUUCAAGGUUCAAGGCAACACUCUGGACAAAGCCAUGGCUCUACUCAGGGACGCCAAGGCUGUGGAAGAUGCUGGUGCUUUUGCUGUCGUCCUCGAAUGCGUCCCCUCUGAGAUUGCUGAGGAAGUCACCAACGCUCUGAAGAUCCCCACCAUUGGCAUCGGUGCUGGCAACAAGACCAGUGGUCAGGUCUUGGUGCAAAUCGACAUGAUUGGCAUUCGACCCCCUGACGCUUUUAUGCCAAAAUUUGUUAAAAAGUAUGGCUCCAUGUGGGAGAGCGGUCUGGCUGCCAUCAAACAAUACAAGGAUGAAGUGUCUGAUCGCUCAUACCCUGGGCCCCAGCAUGUGUACAAGAGCGAUGCGAAAGUGACGGAAGCGUUCCGAGCGGCCAUUCAAUCAACUCAGUCAUAGCGUUCCUUAGCGUGUGUUAUGCAUUGCUAGAUGCAUUUGCAGGGAGUCGUCCAUCACAGGAUGCGGUGUAGUCUCAACCAAAAGCGGGCGUUGUAGCAUAGCUCACAAUCAAUUGGUCGUCGACUUUGAAACACUAAAUUAUACAUCAAUGUUAGCC